AUGCUUCAACUCCUAUUUUGCAUUUUAGCCAGUAGUGCAGCAUCUUUUAUAAGCAUACCAAAUGAUCACUUGAUUGCAGUCAGGGGUCAUCCAGCUGUACUGGGCUGUCAUUUUACACCGCACCCUGACCUCUCCAGCCUGACUAUAGUGUGGCAACGCCAGGAGGACUCACAAGUCAUGCACAGCUUCUAUUAUGAACAGAACCAGCUAGACCAUCAAAGUCCAGAAUACCACAACCGGACCUCAUUGUAUAUUUCAGAGCUUGGUAAAGGGAAUGCCUCUCUCAGGAUAGAUGGAGUUGGACUGAAGGAUGUGGGUUGGUACCUGUGCAAAGUGAACAACAUCAAUGGGGCAGAAAAAGCCAAAAUAAAACUUGACUAUGGAGCCUUUUACUCUGAGCCCAGGUUGAGCAUUCAUGUGAACUCCACCACAAUAACAGUGCAGUUUGAGACAGAGGGAUUCCCCAAACCUGAGGUGAUCUGGCUGGAUGAAUAUGGCCAGAGUCUCAUUCAUCACCUGGAGCUCCAUGACCAGACAGAAGAUGGACUUUAUUUAGUUAGGAGCAGAUAUGAGGCCCAGAAGCCAGCAGUUAAUGUCACAUUUACACUGAAGAACCACCUCCUGAACCAGAACCUUGAGAGACCUGUGAUCUAUGUUCCAGGAGAUGCUGGAGACGGAAACAUUGCACUCAUAUUUCUCUCAAUUCUUUGCAUCAUUUUGAUUGGGAUUAUUGCUCACAUGAUGAGAGGAGCAAAAGCAGAUUUAUUAGCCAAAUGCCAGAAGCUUCAGGAAGCAUUUUUAAAGCAGUACUGA